AUGUCUUUGGCCAGGCCGAAAAGUUUCAAACGGACACCAAGAUUUGUACCAAUUUGUGCAUGUAAAUUGAAGAAACCUGUCGAAUUGGUACAUUUGGAUCAGCGAGGUAAUACACGAACGGAACAGUUGGCAUAUCCUAAAGCCAGAAAACUACUGGUAUUUAAAGAGGAGAUAAAGAAACGCUUCCCUCCGGAUCGUAUAAUGAAUUUAAAUCGUAUGAUACGCAAAAGUCUCUUGUCGCUCUAUAGUCGUUUGGCAAAUGUCCAACCACCGGAAGAGAAACAACCAAUUAAUAAAUGGGAUCGUGCAGAAUGGGCCAAACAUAUGAAAAGAUUGAGAAAACUUGCCAGACCCAAGGUGCCGAAAUCUUCACCCAGAAUUCCAAACAAGCGAAUGCCAUUGAAGCGAAUGAGGCGAUAUAAAUUCCUAUCGAAACCGUUGAAACGUAAAGUUGAGGACAAACCUGAUUGGACAUUGACAUCUGAAAUGAGAAAAUUUCAGCCCUCAGAUCGUCUCAAGGAUUUGGCAAAACCCAUGAUACGUGAUACGUCAAUGUUGUAUCAGGAGUUGCCCAUAAAAAUACCACAAACGGCAUUGAAAUAUAAAGCAUCGAAACGAACACAAGAUUUAUCUCAGCCGAAUGCGAUUAGGACAACUCAGAUGACAUCACCGGAAUUACGUGAAAAUCCCUUUGCCAUAUCACCGAAUGCUCUGAAAGCGAAAGCAUCGAAACGUACCAUCGAAUUGGCCGAACCCAAGGAAUAUGAAAAUAAACACAUUCGUGAUAAUCCCUUUGCCAUAUCUCCGGCAGCUCUAAAGGCCAAACCUAAGCCACGUACAAUAGAAUUAGCCAAACCGAAAAAGUAAU